AGGUCCGGUGUAACAAAGCCUUGGUAACGGGGUUGCUAGCGCGCUGGUCGGUGCCUGGUAACCAGGCGCUGCCCCUUUAAGCGGCGGGGGUGUUGCCUUGCCGGAGGGCGGGGAAGCUCCGAAGCGCCCUUCGGCGCGCGCCCGCCCGCCCUGUGCCAGAGCUGGCAGCUCCCCCCGUCCCCGUUCUCACUCCCAUGCGGGCGCUGGGGACGACGGCACUCUGGGCAGCGCGGCCGCAGGCAGGCGGCUCCUCUCGGUACGUCCUGGGGGCUCCCUGUCUGCUGAGCCCGCGCGGGUCCCGCCGGAGCCGCCCCGGGGUCCCAUGAGUUCCGAGCUGCCCCGCGCCUCGCCGCUCCGCGCCCUCUUUAAGAUGGAGCCGGCUCCGUCCGCCUCCGAGUUGCUGGUGGGAGCUUCCGAGUUCCUGAAAGAUCGAUUAUAUUUUGCUACUUUACGGAAUAAACCCAAAAGCACAGUAAAUACCCACUAUUUCUGUACUGAUGAGGAGCUGGUCUAUGAAAAUUUCUAUGCAGAUUUUGGACCUUUAAACUUGGCGAUGUUAUACAGAUACUGCUGCAAACUAAAUAAGAAGCUAAAGUCUUUCAGUCUAUCAAGAAAGAAAAUAGUCCACUAUACCAGUUUUGAUCAGCGGAAACGAGCAAAUGCAGCAUUUUUAAUAGGGUCAUAUGCAGUAAUUUACUUAAAGAAAACACCAGAAGAAGCAUACAGAGCACUUUUAUCUGGAUCUAAUCCACCAUAUCUUCCAUUUAGGGAUGCCUCAUUUGGGAACUGCACAUACAAUCUCACAAUCCUGGAUUGCUUGCAGGGAAUAAAAAAGGCCUUUCAGCAUGGAUUUUUUGAUUUUAAGACAUUUGAUGUGGAUGAGUAUGAACACUAUGAGCGGGUAGAAAAUGGUGACUUCAACUGGAUUGUUCCAGGAAAAUUUUUAGCAUUUAGUGGACCUCAUCCAAAAACCAAAAUUGAAAAUGGUUAUCCUCUUCAUGCACCUGAAGCCUACUUUCCCUAUUUCAGGAAGCACAAUGUCACAUCAAUCAUAAGACUAAACAAAAAGAUCUAUGAGGCAAAACGUUUUACAGAUGCUGGCUUUGAGCAUUAUGACCUGUUCUUCAUAGAUGGAAGCACACCAAGUGACAAUAUAGUGCGACGGUUCUUGAACAUCUGCGAGAAUGCUGAAGGUGCUAUAGCUGUACACUGUAAAGCUGGUCUGGGGAGAACAGGAACAUUGAUAGCCUGUUACAUAAUGAAACACUAUAGGUUCACACAUGCUGAAGUCAUUGCUUGGAUUAGAAUAUGUCGGCCAGGCUCUAUUAUAGGACCCCAGCAGCACUUUUUGGAAGAGAAGCAAGCAGCAUUGUGGAUCCAAGGAGACUUCUGCCGAUCUAAACAGAAACAACGAUCAGCUGAUGAUGGAACUGUGAAUAAAAUUAUUUCUGGCUUGGAUGACCUUUCAAUCAGUGGGAGUUUUAGUAAAGUACAAAACUUGGAUCAAUGUGUGGAGAAUGACUUUGAAGACAAUGCAGAGUUGGAAUCUAAGAAUGGCAUGACACAGGGAGACAAACUUCGUGCCUUAAAAAGUCAGAGACAGCCGCGAUCUGCUACAACUGGAGCUCUUAGGCUAGAAGAUAUGAAAUUGCACACCAGAUCAAUAUCACAACCUUUCAGAUUGAAUAGUUCAAGCACUACACAAGGGUCCAUGUCUCCUCUGAAGUCCUCCAAGGUGGCAGCAGCUGUUUCACCGUCUGCAAAUAGAAUAAGCAGAAGCCCUACGUCCUUAGGAUCUAAUUUAAAAAGCGUUUCCGUAAACUCCAGGCUAGGCAGUUCUCUAGGGAACCUGUAUGCUGCUUCAGAUGAUACAGAGAGCAAAAUGAUGUCGUCAUCCUCUAGGACAGGUUUUUCUGUAAACCAUGUCUCCAGUCAUUUGAAUGGCAGUUUGCAGCUGCCUACCAGAAAUUCCCAUGAGCUGAACAACAACCUGUACAACAGAAGCAGCAAUAAUGGCACCAACCUCAACAGUCGUGCCAGUUCUCAUGGCACUGGGACAGAUGACAACUACAGCAUCUACCAACCCUCCUUUAUGGGGUUAACUGCUUCUCCGGCACGAUACCUGAGUCGUUCAAUUCCUGUAAGUUCACAGCCACAAAAGCCCUCUCAGGGACAUGACAGAAGCUUAUCUACCUUGCUUCUUCAGCCAAAACUAUCACAAAAAAACUCUUAACAAUCUUAGAGCAACUUUCUAA